GGGAUAAUAAUGGCUUACGUUCUACAUCGACUUAUCUCCGUUUGUAUUCUUACAAGAAUAGCAUUUUGCCAACAAGCAGAACAUGUAAGGUUAGAGAAUGGACUGACACUUCGAGAGGGUAGGGUUGAGGUACGCAUCAAUGGAACUUGGGGUACACUCUGUGACGACAGCUUUGACGUCGAGGACGCUCACGUAAUCUGCCGAAGUAUGGGCUUCACUGGGGCACUUGGUAUUACAUCGCUCUCGGAGUUUUGGCCGAGUUCUUGGAAGGUCCACCCGGUUGAUCUGCAGUGUACCGGGGAGGAAUCCGACAUCUUGAGUUGUCCCGGAGUUAAUCUAGUUGUCCAGCAAGAGGAAUGCAACUCAAAUCUGACGGAGGCUGGCGUUAGAUGUUCAGAUUGUCGGGAUGUCAGUCCUCGUUGUGAAGAAUGGGUCAAUCAAGGAGCAUGCGAAUCUUACGCAGGAGAAAUUCAACAUGUUUGUCAGAGUAGUUGCGACCAGUGUACACUUUUCGACCUAAAUGAUACAGCAACAUCGAUUCCUUGGGAAGAAACAUGUAUGACAGGUCAAUGCUUUCUCGAUUCCAAUAAUGACACGAAGUGCAUACCAGUCGUUGAUGUUUGUGUGACAGUAGGAUGGUACCAAGGGAUCAUAUGCAUACCUACUCCUGUUGAACCAGCUCCAUCUGUCCUGCGUUGCAUGAAUGUGUCCACUGAACGCACAAGGUCGACCCUAUCUGCUGCAAGAUUAGUAGAUGACUUUAGAAUAAAGACAUGGCAACUGCCUCAGAGAUCGAAGGAAAUUGAUCGAGAUUUAGAAAUGAUUUUUAAAAAAUUUGCUAAAAUCUACGCGUACUUCCAGCUUUACAAUAUAGAAUUUCGUCCUGAACACCUAUUGAACCGGCAGAGACAGGUUACGCUCUUAUAUAUAUGGCGUGUGAAUUUGACCUCUAUCGACGAUAAUGCUUUUAGUGCAUUUCCGAGUCUCCUCACGUUACUCUUAGGAGAAAACAAGCUUAAAGAGAUCAGAAAUACAGCGUUCGCUGGUUUACAAAGGUUGGAAUACAUUAAUCUCCAGUUUAACGAGAUAUCUUCGAUUGAAAAUGGUACCUUCACACAUUUGGACAGUCUUUUCUUCUUGGAUCUUUUCGGUAACGCCUUAGAUUACAUACAGCCGGGUGUAUUUUCUGGAUUGACCAACCUUCGACAACUGAGUCUUUACGAAAAUAGGAUUCGAGGAAUCGAUAAAGGAGUUUUUGACGACGUGAAGGAAUUACAAUUCUUGUAUCUGCAAUCAAAUAAGAUUAAAGACAUACAAGUUGGAGCACUUUUUACCCUGGGAAAACUUGAAAUCUUAAAUUUGGCAUCGAAUUCAAUAAACAUUUUAAGCAGUGGAGUGUUCGCAGGACUGCAUUCUCUUCAAUAUCUAUUCUUAACCAACAACCACAUCCAUACCAUUGAAGGGCAUGCAUUUGACUCACUGGCAAAUCUCCAGUAUCUGUUCUUCCUUGGUACUGAACUGAGAGAUGUAGAUUCGAAUGCACUUACCGGACUUGCAUCCUUGCAGAAAAUGUCAACUUCUGACAAUAGAUUGUGCUGUUUACUAUCGGAAAAUACCACUUGUGCGAGGACAUCUCAGACCAGUCCAUUAGACACCUGUAGCAGGUUGUAUCCAAACGUGGCCUUGAGGAUCGCAGGAUGGGUCAUGGGUUUGUUGGCCAUUGCCGGAAACGGCACCGUUCUCUUCAUUCGGCUAUGGGAUAAGAAGAAGCCGAACGACAGGAAGAAACCGAAAGAUAAGGUCCAGAAUACCAUGAUAAGUAGUUUAGCUAUGGCUGAUAUAUUGAUGGGGGUUUACAUGAUUAUCAUUACGUCUGCCGAUCUUAAGUAUGGCAAUACCUUCUACCUGAGUGCCCCUCAGUGGCGGGAUUCCAACAUGUGUAGAUUUGCUGGAUUUCUAGGAUUCUUAUCCAGUGAAGCAUCGGUUCUGACCCUGACCUUGAUCACCAUAGAUAGGUUCAUAUGGAUCAUGUUCCCUUUCCGUCCAAAUUUAAGAAUUGGUCACAAGGGGUCUAAGAUUCUUAUUGGUGCAGCUUGGUCGUUGACUAUACUGUUGAGUAUCGGAUUGGUGAUUGUUACCUCAUACAGACCUGACGUGUACGGACUUUCCGACGUCUGCCUUGGUUUGCCGCUUCAUGUCGAGGCGAAAGACACUGGAGUUCUGGAAAUCACUGGACAUUUCUACUUUGAGUAUCAGGUAAAUUUCAAGAUUAAUGAAAGCGGUUCCAGGCCUCCGUGGUUGCUUUCCAUCAUUAUUUUUAUUGGCUUUAAUCUGGUGUCUUUCACUUUAAUCUUGAUAUGCUACAUUAUGAUCUUUAUCACGACUCGUCGUUCUUCGGCCAAAGUUCGGAAGAACAGCUCCAAUAAGCACGAGACCAGAUUGGCUGUUCGCAUGGCGAUGAUCGUUGCUACAGACCUCGUCUGUUGGAUGCCUGUCAUCAUCAUGGGAAUCCUUUCUCAGACCGGUGCAGUCACCCUCGACCCUUCUCUCUAUGCUUGGACAGUGAUUCUCAUCGUCCCUAUCAAUUCGUCAAUCAACCCUUUCCUAUAUACCUUCAUUGUGUACAUCGAUGAAAAGAAGGCGAAGAAGAAGACAGUGACGAACGAGAACAAAGUCAAAGUAAAAGAAUUAAAAAGCAAGCGAAGUCUUGAACAGUCUUCUGGGAAUAAUAGUGAUAAUAGCAAGUCAUCUGAAAUAUAGCGUGAUAAUUUCAUAAUUUCGUCCUAACCGAACAUAUCUAACCUACACUUUAUUUAAGUCAUCAACUGAUUUCAGUAUGCAUUGAAAUUUGUAGGUUUGCCGUAUAUUUCUGCCCUCAAAAUGCCCCCAUAUAAAUAAGAUAUUACUGGUGAGAUAUGGAAACCCAUCAUAAUAUAAUAGAUAACCAAUAGGUUGGAACUGCACUUAAAAAUAAGAUUGUCAUGCUCUGUAAUCGAUUACAACGAUAAUAU